UUUUUGUUGUUGAGCAGGGAAAGGGUAGUUGUACCAAGCUCCAAGCCUUACAUUUCCUUCAUUGGGACAGAAAACCAGACUUCUAAUACAGUAAUUACUUGGAAUAACAAAGCUUCUGAUAGAAAUAGUAAUGGUGCUGAACUUGGAACUUUUGGUUCAGCUACCAUCAGCAUAUUCUCUGAUUAUUUUUGUGCAUCUGAGAUUACUUUUGAGAAUACAGUAGUGGCAAUACCAGGAGGAUUGGGGAUGCAAGCAGUGGCACUGAGAGUAUCAGCUGAAAGGGCAAUGUUCUACAAAGUCAAUAUCCUUGGUGCUCAAGAUACUCUCUUAGAUGACACAGGAUCACACUACUUUUACCACUGCCUCAUCCAAGGAUCAGUCGAUUUCAUAUUUGGCAAUGCAAGAUCAUUAUAUCAGAAUUCAGUUCUUCAUUCAAUAGCCAAUCGAUCAGGAGCAAUUGCAGCACAUCAUCGAAAUACACCUGAAGAAAAUACCGGGUUUUCAUUCUUAAACUGUACAAUCAAUGGAAGCGGAUUGAUUUACCUGGGAAGAGCCUGGGGGCCAUACUCAAGAGCAAUAUAUUCAUACUGUGACAUUGAUGAUAUUAUUGCACCAGAAGGGUGGAGUGACUGGGGUGACCCAGAAAGGCAGAAGACGGCAUUGUUUGGUGAAUUCGAGUGCAGUGGGAAGGGAGCAAACACAACAAGGCGGGUAAAAUGGGCAAAGUCUUUCACUAUUGAGGACGCCAGGCCAUUUCUCGACAUGGAAUUUAUUGACGGCAAUAAAUGGUUGAGACUAUAGCUAACAGUAACAAUCGGAUAAAAUAUGUAGGACUAGUCACUUCAAUUGGUUAGCUCUCUAUGUAAACAUGUACAAUACAAAGCAUACACAAAAUUCUUUCAGUAAAAAACACCAAAUUGUUUCCAGCAUAUUGUCCUAAGAUUCAUUUUAAAGAUUAACAACUCCAGAAAAGUUCAUGUCUUCAAAAUAUAAUUAGUCUACUCUCUACGAACCAAUGGAAAUUUGCAAUACACUUAAUCACAGUAUAUUUACAAAAGGUUAACGACUACUUUUGUUAGUAAUGACUUUUGAACUGUUGU